GUAUAAUUAUUCUAUUUUUUGUAUUAACAUUAUCCCUAUAAAUUGUACAUUUAUAAUAAUUUUAACAAUUUUAUUAAAAUAUGCGUUUGGCAUGAUAUGCUAGUAUUAUAUAUUCACAUCCUCCAAAUUUUGAACGAAGAAAUCAACGAGAAAAGAACAGACAAUGCCGGGUUCAUCAAAAAACUCGAUUCAACACUCGUUCAAACCCUUGUCAUUCAAAAUCCCAAUUUUUGGCCGGAAUCCGAUUAAAUCCCUCUCAGCAAUCUCAAUUCUCGCUGUAUUCUCACUGUGUUUCAUCUCAUCUUUCCCCGCCGCAAAAUGGCGGCCCCUCCCCCACGCCCCGCGCAUCAACUCCGCCUCCGGCGAAUCAGACACCAACAUAUCCCACAUUCUGUUCGGCAUCAGCGGCUCCGCCGAGACGUGGCGGCGGCGGCGCCACUACAGCGAGCUCUGGUGGCGCCCCAACGCCACCCGCGGCUUCGUGUGGCUCGACGAGGCGCCGCGGGAGAACUGGCCGGAGACAUCGCCGCCGUACAGGAUCUCGGCCGACACGUCGAGGUUCAAGUACACGUGCUGGUACGGGUCGAGGUCGGCCGUGCGCAUCGCGCGCGUGGUGAAGGAGAGCUUCGAGCUCGGCUUGGGCGGCGUGAGGUGGUUCGUGAUGGGGGACGACGACACCGUUUUCUUCACGCGGAAUUUGGUGAGCGUGUUGAGGAAAUACGAUCACCGGCAGAUGUAUUACAUCGGCGGCGUUUCCGAGAGCGUGGAGCAGGACGUCGUGCACUCUUACACCAUGGGCUACGGCGGCGGCGGCUUCGCCAUCAGCCGCCCCCUGGCCGCCGCGCUCGUCAGGAUUCUCGACCAAUGCAUCGAUCGCUACGCCGCGUUUUACGGCUCCGAUCAGAAGAUUGGUGGCUGCAUGAGUGAGAUCGGUGUGCCUCUUACUAAAGAAGUUGGUUUUCAUCAGAUGGAUAUACGAGGAAAUCCGUUUGGCCUACUUUCGGCGCAUCCACUAGCGCCUCUAGUCUCGCUCCACCAUCUAGACUACCUUCAGCCCUUGUUUCGUGAAACGAGUCGAGUUGCCUCUAUCCACAAAAUCAUGGGACCUUACGAAUUCGAUCCGAGCAGGAUAUUACAACACAGUUUCUGCUAUGAUUUGGUCCGAAAUUGGUCGAUUUCCAUUUCAUGGGGCUACAACGUUCAAUUGUACCCCUUUAUAUUGAGCGCAAAAGAUCUCAACACUCCGCUGCAGACCUUUUUGACGUGGUCGUGGAGCCGCGGGCCCUUCACUUUCAAUACUCGCCUCAUCAGCUUGAAUCCCUGUGAAAGGCCUCUCGAGUUUGGGUUCGAUGGGAUCGAGGAGAUCGACGCCGGAUUUACCUCCACCACCUACACGUCGGCUCAAUCCCAAUUUAGGAGGAAAUGUGACGAGGAAAAUUAUAAGGCUGCUUAUUUGUUGAAGGCCUUCAAUGUCACUGCCGGCUUGCUUCAUCCUCAAUAUUGGAACAAGGCGCCAAGUAGAGAGUGCUGUCAAAUAAUGAGUGGCUCGCCGCGACAAAACGACGUAGUUCGAGUCAGGAUUAGAGGCUGCAACCAAUGGGAAUCGGUAUCGCCGCCGUAGAUCAUGUGAGAGGAAAUAGUAUCAAACAAUUUUCACCAUAAUUUCAGCUACCAAACCGGCGUUAUUAAUGGAGGUGAUAUGUACAACUUGUACUGCCCAAGGUACCAAUCAAUCCACCAGCCUUUGGUCUCUUCGAUGAUACGUGUCCAUCUUGGUAGCAUCGCAAAAGCCUAGCGCUAUGCAGCCACCAACCAUGGACCAUUGUCUUAUUUGUUUUGCUAAUCUAUAUGCUAAUUUUCUUUAAAAGAAAUAUGCUGAAUUUUACAUUAGAUUUCUUUUGGGACGUGUUUCCUUUAGUUGAUAAAUUUAUAUCAUUAAAAAGGAAGAAUAACAAAAGUUUCUUGCUUUAAA